GAUGGGAUUUAAAGCACUCUUGAUCUUGAUAGAAUUGGAAGAGAAGCGCGCUCGGUGCAUCUGUCCAUCCAUCCAUCAUGGAACGGCGGUGUUCCGAGCCUCCCGAAGUCUCAGCAUGGAAAGGUGAAGAAGAGGAAGGUGUAUCCAUUUCCAAAUUGAAAACCUCUCACCUGGUUGGUGGAUAGCACGGUGAGCCGUGCGUUACAAAGAUAUAUCAUUACACUACUGUGCAUUCACAUAACACAUACACACGCGCUCUUCAUUCGUACAAAAACACAAAUACACACACAUACACGCACGCACGCAUACAGGACCAGAUCCGAAGUGGUGGUAGAGGUGACGUUCCACGCGCUGAAACUAAAAUAGUGGGAUAGUUGUGUGGCUUCAAUCAAAUUUUACUAUUGCAUUUUAAUUUACCUUUACCAGUUAGUUAUCAACUAUAUAACCGGAGGCCGGAAAAGCGAAGAGCAUCGCGCGCGCACCACGAUUUUCGACGGGUCCUUCAAACGCAUUCGGUUUGUUUUAUACUUCUGGUUAUUCUUCGUUAUUUUGUUUAUGAAAACGAGGAACAUGUGUCACUAGUUCUUGAAGAUCCGAAGCAUCAACUUUAAAAGUUUCAUCUCUCUCUCUCAUAAUCCAUAUAUUUGUGACCCACUGCAUCAGAUCAGAGUAGUAGUUCUUUGAAUCAAGUCGAGGAUGGCGCAGAACGCGACGGACACGAUGAAGCAGAAGGAGCCGAAGGAGGUGAAAGACCAGAAGGAGAUGAAAGAGUUGAAGGAGUCGAAGGAUUCGAAGAAUUGGCAGUUGAUGAACUGGCGCGAGAAAUACUGGUAUUUCUCGAGUCAUAUCACGGUGGAGCCUAUGUUGGCUUGCUACAUAAUGCCGUGCGUCUUCGCAGGAUUGGCUACCCAGAACCUGAGCAUAGAGAAGGCGUGCAGGGUGAAUUUGGGCUACAGCACGGAGGUUUGCGACGCGCUGAGCGCGAGGAACACGGCGAAUUACAGCAGGGAGGAAUCGGAGGUGCAGCAGCUGGUGGCCUCGAUGACCGUGUGGAAGACGAUCCUGCAGAGCGGUUUGCCGGCUUUCCUCAUCCUCUUCGUGGGAGCAUGGAGCGAUCGCUGGGGCCUGCGGAAGCCCUGCAUGUUACUGCCCAUCGUUGGCGAAUUCGUCACCGUAAUCGGUCUGAUGUUGUGCACGUACUUCUUCUACGAGUUGCCGAUGGAGGUGAACGCCUUCAUCGAAGGGAUAUUCCCCGCGCUAACCGGAGGCUGGUUCACAAUGUUCAUGGGAAUCUUCAGCUACAUCGGCGACGUGACCACCCUCAAAAUGCGCACCCUCCGUAUCGGCGUCGUCAACGUCUUCUGCUCCCUCGGUAUUCCCGUCGGACUCGCCCUCAGCGGCAUCCUGUUCAAGAAGAUCGGAUUCUACGGCGUCUUCUCCAUCUCCGCGGUUCUCUACAUUAUCGCCUUCGCCUAUGGUUACUACAAGAUCGAAGAACACAAGAAGGUCGACGUUCCCGUCCUCUCCGAUAAACCGUUCGCCUUCCUCCGCGACUUCUUCAACAUCAACCACGUGGUGGAGACCUUCCGCGUUGCCUUCAAGCACGGCGAGAACAACAGGAAGAUGAAAGUCAUGCUGCUCAUGCUCGUCGUCAUGGUUGUCAUCGGCCCAAUGCACGGUGAAAUGGUUGUGAUGUAUUUGUUCACCAGAUUCCGAUUCAACUGGGACGAGCUGGAUUUCAGUAUAUUCUCCACGUACAACAUGAUUACGAGUCUCGUCGGAACUUCUGUGUCUGUUGGACUUUUCAGCCACCUCCUGAAGAUCGACGAUGCUCUCAUCGGCGUCAUCUCUUGCACCAGCAAAGUGUUAUCCAGCGUUGUCUACACCUUUGCUACCACCUCAUUGGUAUUCUACUUAGGUGCUCUUGUGGAAAUCUUCAAUGGAACCUCGUUCAUAGCUAUGAGAUCCAUCGCCUCUAAAUUGGUGCCUUCCGAGGAAUUAGGAAAGGUGAACUCCUUGUUCGGAGUGUGCGAAGCGCUCAUGCCCUUGGUUUAUGGUCCAAUGUACAGCGCGACGUAUGCCGCAACCAUGGAAACCAUGCCUGGAGCUUUCCUCCUGCUCGGAGGAGCUCUCACCAUUCCGGCCGUCGUCAUCUUCAUGUGGAUGUACUUCCAGCACAAGAAGGAUGCUAAGGAGAAGCCCGUGGAUACGGAAAAGAAUGGUAACUUGGCCAUAGGAUCUCAGUACAUCGGAAAGGAGAACGCAGCCUUUGAAGUGGAGAAGAGUAGAUUUUAGGGAUCCGCUGCAGCGAUGAUAUGUGAUAUAACCCAGAGUAUUAUUAUGUAAUUGUGUGUGUUUUAUUUUUAUUUUUCUUUUUUCUUUAAUUUUACACAAACGCGAUAGAGUUACAAAAUCUCCGAAAUAUAUAAAUAUUUUAAAUACGUUGUAUGUAUAAAGAAAAGGACAAAAAAAAUAAAGGAUUUGGAUUUGGAAGGACGAAGAGGACACCGAGCACAAAACAACAGCUAGUUACUUACUUACAAACAAAUUAAAUAAUUAAUAUAUACAUAAUGAUAAUUAGUUUUAUAUAUAUACAUA